AGAGAGACAAGCGAAUGUCCCCUUCCCGCAACUUUUCUUCUCUCCGACGACUCCGUCCAAAUUCUCUCUCUGUCUCAUCUCUUGCGCUCAAACACCAAACAUUGAAUCAAUGGUGACCUUGAAAGCAGGAACCAGGCCGCCAUGGGUUGGUCUCGGAGCUGCUGUUUGGGUGCAGAUAGCAUCUGGGAAUGCAUACAACUUCCCUCUCUAUUCCCAUUCCUUGAAAUCUGUUCUUGGAUUCAACCAGCAUCAGCUUACCAUGCUUGGUGUUGCUAAUGAUAUUGGAGAAAACGUUGGUCUCCUUCCCGGUAUUGCCUGCAACAAGCUCCCUCCUUGGGUUAUUCUAUUGAUCGGUGCCUUUGCCUGCUUCUUUGGUUAUGGCAUCCUUUGGCUAGCUGUUAGUCGUACUGUUCAAUCACUUCCGUACUGGCUGUUAUGGCUUGCCCUUUGUGUUGCUACUAAUAGUUGUGCUUGGUUGAGCACAGCAGUGCUUGUCACUAAUAUGAGAAACUUCCCUCUUAGUAGAGGCACAGUUGCAGGGAUUCUCAAGGGUUAUGGGGGGCUCAGUGCUGCGGUAUUUACAGCAUUUUACAGCAUCUUGCUUCAAAGUUCAUCUUCCAAGCUUGUGUUAUUCCUUUCACUCAGUGUUCCAAUUCUGUGCUUUUUUGUGAUGUACCUCGUAAGGGCUUGUACUCCUGCUUCUGGUGAAGUUUCUCUGGAGCACGGCUAUUUCCUUUUUAUCCAAGCAACUAGUGUAGUCCUUGGCUUGUUUCUUCUUACAACAACAGUUUUGGAUCAUGUGCUUCAUUUCAGUACUCCGAUUUCAUAUACUUUUCUUGUUAUCAUGGUUAUCCUUCUCAUGGCCCCACUAUUAAUUCCUUUAAAGAUGACUAUUUUCCCCGUGAGAACUAACAAAUUGGAUACACCUACCCAACCAGUUGAGUCUUCCAACAACAGCAAGCUUCAAGGAGAAAUUAAUGCAGACAAAACUGAGCCUCUUUUAAAGCCAUCCUCAUCUAGAACAUCCCUUGGAAGUUUUCGUGAAGCUGAAGAUGGAUCAGAGGUGGCCAUGCUUCUUGCAGAGGGUGAGGGGGCAGUUCAUAAGAAGAGAAGGCCUAAAAGAGGAGAAGAUUUCAAAUUUAGUGAAGCUGCAGUCAAAGCUGACUUCUGGCUUCUCUUCUUGGUUUACUUUGUAGGGGUCGGUUCUGGUGUAACUGUACUCAACAAUCUUGCCCAGAUAGGAAUUGCGCAGGGUGUGCAUAACACAACAGUGUUGUUAUCUCUAUUUAGCUUUUGCAAUUUUGUUGGCCGUCUUGGUGGGGGUACUGUCUCAGAGCAUUUUGUCAGGUCAAAAACAAUUCCUCGUACCAUUUGGAUGACAUGCACUCAAAUAAUCAUGGUCAUUGCGUACCUUCUGUUUGCAUCAGCUAUUGAUGGUACCCUUUUUGUUGCAACUGCAUUACUUGGAAUCUGCUAUGGUGUUCAGUUCUCAAUCAUGAUCCCAACUGUCUCCGAGCUUUUUGGAUUGAAGCAUUUUGGCAUACUUUUCAAUUUCAUGUCACUAGGAAAUCCUCUUGGAGCAUUCCUUUUUUCAGGUCUUUUGGCAGGUUAUAUAUAUGAUAGGGAGGCUGUAAAACAGCAGAGACACAAUCUACUCAGUUCGAACAUCUCAUGCUUGGGACCAGAUUGCUUUAGGAUCACUUUCUAUGUUCUUGCUGGUCUUUGUGGUUUGGGCUCAGUUAUGAGCAUCAUUCUAACUCGAAGGAUAUGGCCUGUUUACCAAAUGCUUUAUGCUGGUGGUUCCUUUAGGAUGCCCCAGAACUCCAAUCAUUGAAGAUGACUGAAGUUAUGGAAGGUCAUUUUGGAAGCCAUUUUCGUAUAUCAUAGCUGCUUGAGCUUAAGAUUUGAUGCCUGUCCAGGAGUCUAUAUAACUUGACAGUACAAAUACAUACAUUUACAUACAUACAAACAUCUAUAUAUAUAUAUAAUCACUGUUAUGGAACUAAGGUUAAGCUUUUCUAGACGGCUAUCUAAGUUCAUUUUUUUCCCUUAUGUGUAGUGUACUUAAUUUACUUUUGGAUAUCCAAUGACUUUGUACCGGAGAAAUUCAAGUAUUUUUUAUAUAAUUCAAUGAUUUCGGCUUAUGUACUAUAUUCAUUGGAUCAACAACUUAAUGGCAAAGGUAUCUACUUUUGCACAAUGAAAGGCAACAUUCUUC